GCACAUCUCUAGAGAAUUGUUUCGCCAAGUUCGUUUCACCCCGGCUUUCGCCACGCCAGCGUCGCAUCCGCUAAAUCUCCGCGCCGUCAUGCGCUGCAACGACAUCUAGAAACGCGCUGUAACCUACCAGGCUACUCACCUGUGCAGGACUACAGGCCCCCACCGGCCCGAUUCAUGGGCUGCCUGUGGUCCCCUACAACCAUCUGGAGCAGGGGCCCAAGCACAGCCUGGUUUGCUGCGUCUAGACCGCUUGAGCCCCCUCGGCGACGAGAGGUUAGCGAAAAAAAAUAAAUAAAUUCAAACACAUUUAGAACUGUCCGGUCGCAGUCUCAUUUUUCUCUUCUCUUCAGCAUCUUCGCCAUACAACACGUCAAUUCACCCGUUUUCGCGCCCCUGUCUCAAGCCCGUUUCUCUUUGUUCUCUUGGCUCAUAGCAGUCGGGUACACGGCACCAAGGGCUCCAUCCACUUUAACAUUGCCCUUUUUGGCGCCUGUCCCCUUGUAUCAGCCUGCGGUAGACGGCACACUUGUCUCAGGAACACCACCACCAGCGACCACAUUGUGCAACAAACGCGCGCGCGCUCUGGAAAUACUCGCGCCAGGCCCGUUGCUCGCAUUUUCUAUUUUAAUAGACGAGUCUAACCCGGAAUCGUUGCUCUUAUUCCCAUAAUUCACACACACCGAACCAAGCCAGCAACAAACCAUCACCAUCAUGCGCUCGUUGUCGACCCUCGCCCUCGCCCUACCCCUGGCGGCCGCCGUCACCUCGCCGCUCUACAAUGCCCAGCAGGAGCAGGACAUCUCGUCCUACCCGUGGCUGCUGCCCCGUGACGAGCCCUUUGUCGACCAUAACCUCGCUACUCGUGCCACCGACGAUGCAUUCUGGGCAAAGGCAGCUUCGACUGCUGGCCGCAAGGUCUGCAUUGUCCGCCCGGACCCCAAAGGCGGCGACGAUGCUCCUGCCAUCAUGGACGCCCUCAAUGAAAACUGCCGAUCCAACUCCUUUGUCGUGUUCCCGGGCCCUACAUACAAUAUCAAGUCCAACAUGACCACAACGGCCCUGGACGAUGUCAUUAUUCACCACUUUGGCCGCUUCCUCUGGAGCACCGAUAUCCCCUACUGGCUGUCUGUCUCCAUGCCCAUUGGCUUCCAGAACCAGUCGACAGCCUGGUACUUUGGCGGCAACAAUGUCCAAUUCUUCGGCCACGGCGUCGGCACACUCGACGGCAACGGCCAGGUCUGGUACGACUGGGCCAAGAACCAGGGCAACCUGCACCGUCGCCCCAUGAUGAUUAACUGGCGCAAGUUGACCAACUCAGUCGUCUCGGGCGUCCGCUUCGUGCAGAGCCAGUUCUGGACCAUGGCUAUUACUUACUCGCAGCACGUCGAGCUCCGCGACAUCUACGUCAACAACACCUCGGCCUCCAAGUGGAACACGCUCAACACGGACGGGUGCGACACCAUCUGGUCCGACGACAUCACCUUCCGCCGCUGGAAGGUCACACAGGGCGACGACUCUAUUGCCCUCAAGGGCAACUCGUCCAACAUCCGCGUGCUGGAUUCCGAAUUCUGGGGCGGCCAGGGCUUGGCUAUUGGCUCUGUUGGCCAGUACGACGGCAAAUACGAGUACAUUUCCAACUUUUACGCCAACAACAUCACCAUGCACCACACUGCCCACGCCAUCUACCUCAAGUCGUGGGGCGGCGUCUCUCGCGGCUACCCCCCUAACGGCGGCGGCGGCGGCAUUGGCGUUGCCAGCAACAUUACAGUGGAAAACAUCAACCUCGAAGGCACCCGCGAGUCUCCUUUCUUCAUCUGGCAGUGCGAGAACUACGAGGGCCACCUUGGCGAGGACUGCCAGACGUCCAAGUUCAAGUUCCAGAACGUCAAGGGCAAUAACAUCUUUGGUUGGACCAACGAUCGCGUCGACCAGGUUGCUCAUCUGCAGUGCAGCAAGGCGGCUGGCGGCUGCAACGACGUUACCCUUACAAACUUCAACAUUAAGCGCGGCCAGAACGGCAAGCCAUCCCAAAACUACCACUGCGAGAAUGUCCAUGAUGCCCAUGGUUUCAAGUGCACCUCCUAAACCAAUCUUAGGAUUCCCUACCUUCCUUUCUCUUCUGUAUAUAAACCCGCCAACCCACCCUUGUACAUGCUUAGCCUGCCAGCGUAUUUCUUUUUUUUCCUGUUUGGAUAAUGUCAUAAUUGAUAAGUAAUUUAGCACAAUACAUUCACCAUUUAAUACACUUUAAACCCACAAUUUGGUACUGUUUGCAGUGUA